UUGACCGGAAGUCGACUGUGACCCACUCUUUUCUCUUUGCUCCGUGGCAUUUUGCAACACAGGCUGCCAGCUGCUGCUGGGUUUACACUAAACCCACGGCUGUGAGUACAGGGGGAAUGGACAAAGACGGAAUUAGGUGAUUAUCUCAUGGAUGUACACAGGACAGAUGUAAGAAGAUACUGAUAGGUUGGAGCCAGGAAACAGGACCUUCCCAGUAAAAUGACAUAAAGGCCCUUCCAAACCUCUACGAUGAUGUGCAGAAGCACAUUGUAGGUAAUGUGAUCAGAGGGGAAAGGGAAUGCAGACUUGCCAGCUAUAGCUUGUAUGUGAGCGUAAUGCCCAGGCGGGGGUUGCCGCUUCAGGGCCGGGUCCGCUGGCUCUUUCUGGGCUUGUUCCUGCUGCUGGUGCUGCUGCUGUUUGCAUACCUGCUGGAGUGCACCCCUCCAGCAGACGUCAGCCUGGCGCUGCCCGGCCUGGCAGGGGAGAGCUACGGGAAGGAGUACUACCAGGCCCUGCUGCAGGAACAGGAGGAGCGCCACCUAAACCGCGCCGCCAGUCUCAAGCGCCAGAUUGCCCAGCUCAAGCAGGAGCUGCAGGAAAUGGGUGAGAAGCUAAAGGUCCUGCAGGACAAGAAGGAGCUCCCUGGGGUGCAGGGCCUGGCCGAGACUAAAGACCAAGAGCCGGGAGAUCUGCUGGAGUACCUGCACUCCCAGAUCGACAAGGCUGAGGUCAACACGGGGGCACGCCUCCCCAGCGAGUAUGCCCUGGUGCCCUUCGAGAGUUUCACCUCGUCCAAGGUAUACCAGCUGGAGAUGGGGCUGACGCGGCACCCAGAGGAGAAACCUGUCCGCAAAGACCGCAGGGACGAGCUGGUGGAGGUCGUGGAGGCUGCGCUGGACAUCAUCAACAACCCUGAUGAGGAGGACGGCGUGGAGGAAGACAUGCCCAUGCAGAGACAAACCUACACAGAGGGUCACUUUACGGAAGGACUGUACAGGACCGAGCGAGACAAAGGGACACUUUACGAACUCUUCUUCGCCAAAGAGGAUUCCAGCAGCUUCCGCCAUGUCACGCUCUUCAGACCUUUUGGUCCCUUAAUGAAAGUCAGGAGCACAUCUGUAGAAACAUCAGCAAUGAUUAUUAACAUCAUUGUGCCGCUGGCGGGCAGAAUAGAAACUUUCUCACAGUUCUUGCACAACUUCAGGGAGGUGUGCAUACAGCAGGACAGGCGAAUACAUCUCACGGUGGUGUAUUUUGGGCCGGAAGGCCUCCAGGAGGUGAAAUCAUCUUUGGAAAAAAUGUCAAGCGAGGAGAGCUUCUCCAAUUACACUCUGAUCCCAGUGGAAGAAGAGUUUUCCCGAGGUCGGGGUCUGGAUAUCGGAGCCCACGCCUGGAAGAAAGGCGACGUCUUAAUGUUUUUUUGUGACGUCGACAUCCAUUUCACACUCGAGUUCCUUAACACCUGUCGUCUCCACGCCGCUCCCAAUAAGAAAGUCUUCUAUCCAGUGGUGUUCAGUCUGUACAAUCCUGCCAUAGUCUAUGGAAAUGUGGAGCUGGCUCCACCUACUGAACUCCAACUGAUUCACAAAAAAGAUGCUGGAUUCUGGAGAGAUUUUGGCUUUGGGAUGACGUGUCAGUAUCGUUCCGAUUUCCUAAAUAUCGGUGGGUUCGAUCUUGAAGUCAAAGGCUGGGGCGUGGAAGACGUCCACUUGUACAGGAAGUAUCUGAGGAGCGAAGUGAUAGUGAUUCGGACGCCAGUGUCCGGUCUCUUCCACCUGUGGCACGAGAAGCAGUGUGCAGACGAGCUGACGCCGGAGCAGUACCGCAUGUGCAUCCAGUCCAAAGCCAUGAACGAGGCGUCCCACUCUCACCUGGGCAUGCUGGUUUUCCGCGACGAGAUCGAGGCUCACCUCCGCAAGCAGGCCUUCAAGACUCAGAGCAAAACCGAGGACUGAGCGAGCCUCCACAUAUACCCAUCACCAUUCCAACGUUAAGACUGCAAGGUGCUGACUUAUCGCACUACAGCAAAAGACACGUUUACAUGGAUCUUUCUGCAUUUCACUGCACAGCUGUAGACAAAUGAAUGUACAAAAACAAACAUUGAUCGAUGUGACACUUCACAACAUGGUACAACAGCAGUAUAAAACACAGAUAAACAAUCAUAUGUUACGUAUCGGAAUCAAUUCAGUAAGCAUGCCGCUAUUUGGAAAACCUAACUUGUCAUUAAGCCAUCCUACCUGCUUCAAUAACACACAGCACCUGACAUGAGCAACCCGUUUAUACUCCAUUUAUACCUUCUCUUCUGCUUAACUACAUUUCACUGCUCAAUGUGACCAUAGCCAUGUGAUUUUCUGCAUCCCUAAAAAAUACCAAACGAGCAAAUACAAGCAGCUGUUGAUGCGUAGAGGGGCGUUUAACAGUUAACUAAAAGCUAACAAGUCCAACUAUUUAUUUACUAUUGACAAAAGGAAAUAUAAGAAGGUGCACUUUGUUAAAAUGGAGGUUAAAAAAUGCAAGUUGACUGCACAAAAACAAGACCUUUCUACUGCUUCCCAGCCUUCUGCCAGUUGAGGAUCAAAAGCAAUUUACAAUCUUUGCUUUAACAGUAUAUUGGCAGUUGUGUGUGUGUGUGUAGACGUUCUGUUCUGUUAGUAUUAUAUUUAUCGGUUGUUACAGACUGGCAACGUGGUAAAAAAAAGGGAAUUUUUUUUUUGUGUUUAAUGUGACAAUCGGUCACUAUCUUCCUUUGCUGAUGACAGCUUCCAAGUGAUCAGUUUAACAGAGAAGCAUGUUAAAUAGUUAAGAGCCAGGAGCAUGCAGUGCUAUAUAUUAGGUCUAUGUGGACCAGUGUUAUUGUCUAAAAACAUUCUAUUACAUUAUUAAGAUUUGUCAUUUAUGCCCAGUGAGAAUGACACAUUAUGAUUCCUAAUACUGGACUGAGUUUGAAUGUUACAGCCCGCUCUUGUAAAUAUUUUUCUAAUAUUUCUUUGUUUUACACUUGUGAGUUGAAUACUUUUGUCGUACGUGCCUACACGCUAAACGUGACAUGAAAUGUAUAUAUUUUUUUUUUUUUAUUCCAUCUCAUAAUGAGAGAGGAUGCGACCGUUGAACAGCUCAGUCAGAGGUCCGAGGCGUGAUGGAACAGGACCGCUGUCAGAACGAAGCAGGUUAUUCUUGCAUCUUAUCCUGUAAUCAUUUUUAAAUCAAUGUCUUUGCUAAUAUUACAGCUUUUUGUAGAUAGUGUUACAGUGUCCUCGCCCUGCCAGAGAAAUGUUACAUUCAAGAAUUUACAACAAUUCAAACAGAAAGAACCCAUGCAAGGAAAUGAUUUAUUUUGAAAUUUUGGCUAUUAAAUAAAACUUACAGAAGGCUGCAUUAACUGCUGCUAAGUCAUAGUCAUUUCUGCUGUUAGCAUUUGAUUUGAUGAUACAUAGAGUAAACUUAGUUAUAUAAUUUAUACUAUAAAAAUGUAAUAUCAAACAUGUCAAGUGUCUUUGAAUCUACAAGCUCAUUUGUAUGUUUCUUAAUUUAAGACAAAUGGCAUAAUACAAUUGUAUUAUUCAUCUGUAUACAAUAAACUACAUGAAUAGAAAAAGA